AUGGAGGGUGGGGCUGGCCGGGCUGGGGUGCACAUGGCACCUGUGACAUCGCAGGACCUGUGUCACAAUGGGGACAGCUAUCAGCCCAAGCAGCAGGUAGCGCUGCUGCAGUACAGCCUCGGCGAGCGGCGAGUGUGCAGCACACAGGAGGCUGUGCUGAGAGCAGGACAAGGGCCACGGCAGGAACGCGAGUGCCCGGGGAGCCGCCUCUCUCCGGGCAUCCAGAGGCCAAUCCCUGUGGGACUGCCUUUGGCAGGGCACGGUGCCACUGCUGCUGCCAGGGCAGCGCACAGGCCUCGCAGCCUGCCAGCAGCCUGGGCCCUCCUUCCUGCCUGCAGAGAGAUCCCUGGCACUCCUGUCCCCACUUCCCCUAUCAGCACCUUCCUCCCAUCCCCACUCAACCUUUCUCAGGCCAUGUUUGCCACUACAUUCCUUCUCUUGCUUGUGCAAGGCCUCAUCCAGUACCCGCAGCAGGCCGGGGAUGGGCUGGAUGAGGCCGCACAGGAACGCAUGCAGCAGCGUGCCGAGUAUCUGAACCAGGAGAUGGCUCGGCUGAUUCAGCAGCUGGAGCAGAAGAACCUGGAGCACAGUGCUGUGGUCUGGGGAGCCCUGCUCGUCUGGCAGCUCUGGGCUGUGACUGGAAUCCUCAUCCUUCUCUUGGCACUGUGGUUUGGACUCCACAGAAUCAGACGUGAUCCAAACAGCAGUGGCCACAAGGAGAGGUGCAGCAGCAACUUGGCGGAGGAGGAAGGAGAAGGACACAAGGUGGUUGCAAAGAAAGAGAUAGAAAGUGACGAUGCAAAUGUGGAAGAGGACAAUAAGGAUGGAAGCGAAGAAGACAGCAAUGUGGAUGGAGAGGCAGAAAGCAACGUUGGCAGUGAAGUAAAAGAAAGCUCUGAUAAUCCAAAGGAAGAAGUAAACAACGAUGAGACAGGGGAGGAAGUCAAUGCUACUGGAAAUGAAGAAGACAAACACCAUGCAAACGAAGAAGACGGUGGCCACAAUGUCAAAAGGCAUCUUGGAAGCCUUUUAGAGGAGCGCAUACAGUUGCCUGUUCUGGACCUGGACAAAGGUUGCUCCGUCAUAAUGGAUCUGAUGGACAAACUCAUACCCAUCUUUGGACAAGGCUUGUCCAAGAGCUUCUACCCGGUGCCACAACAAGCCAUCGGAGUGGGCAGUGCCUUUGAAGGCUGGAGUCCCAGUGCACAGGACCUUGUGUACCAUGUGCUGGUACCACUGAGUCCCCCUCCAGGACAUGCCUUCCACCUGGAACUGGAUGCUGCAGGUGUGCUCCAGAGGAACUGCUGUGUCCGUGUGGAGUUGCUGUGCACCUGCACAAGGGAGCAGCUGGGGGAGGACAUGCUGUGCUUCCUCCACCACUCUGAGGAGGAGCUGAGAAGGAAACAGGACCCCAGCCUCCUGCACACCCUCUGCACUGGCACCUAUCUGGAUGUGGAGAAAACUGUCCUCUGGUUCUAUAGAUCCGUAAGAGUAGCCUGGCUGCUUUUGCCUCAGUCGCGCCAUUGGCAUUUAAUGUUGCAGCCCUCCAGCCGCUCCUGUAGAUUUCAGCUAAACAGAGACCAGGAAAGCUUCACAGCUGAGGUCAUCUUUGGAGUGCAGCAAGGAGACUCAGAUAUCUUCGUGGGCAGCCAGUCUACAGAAGCAGGCAUCCCAAGCACAACAUGGCUGGAGACUUACGCCGUGGCAGAGGCAAAAUUCUUCAGGCACAUUUCCAUGCAGGCCCCUCAUGACAGCUGGCACUGCAAGUGCCUGCAGCUCCUCAGCCGCAUCCUGGUGGGUGUAGGUUUCUCCAGCUAUGCCCUGAAGACAGUGGUGAUGCACCUCCUGAGCACCGUGCCCCUGACACAGUGGUGCAGGAAGGAUUUCUGGCGGAGAAUGAGGGACACCCUCAAGUACCUCCGCUGCUCCCUGGACACAAAACAGCUCAACCACUUUGUCAUUGGCAACGAGAGGUUUCCUAUGGAGAUCAGUCUGCCCUCCGACUUCCGUGUGGCUGAAGCACCCAACCUCUUCCAGCACCUAGCCAGCAAUCCAGAUGCCCACAUGAAGGCCAUGCAGGAGUAUGUUCAUCUGCUGCAUCAGCUCAAACAAAUGCUGGUCUAA